AUGUUCUUAAGAAACACACUAUUGAAGGCCCCAUUAAGAAGAUCGCUAGGCACAUUGACUCCGGUAGCUACAAAGUUAGCUCCUCCGGCAGCGGCUUCCUAUUCUCAAGCUAUGAAAGCUAAUAACUUUGUUUACGUCUCGGGCCAAAUUCCAUACACUCCAGAUAAUAAGCCUGUUGAAGGUACUCUUUCCGAUAAGGCUAAUCAAGUUUUCCAAAAUGUGAAAAACAUACUAGAAGCAAGUAACUCUUCCAUGAAUAAAAUUGUUAAAGUCAAUGUAUUUUUGGCUGAUAUGAAGUUUUUCCAAGAAUUCAAUUCCGUUUAUGCCAAAUAUUUCAAUGUUCAUAAACCAGCUAGAUCAUGUGUUGCUGUCGCUUCUUUACCUCUAAACGUCGAUUUAGAAGUAGAAGUUGUUGCAGUUGAAAACAACUAG